GCCAGGUGGGGAUGUCACGUUACAUCAAAGCCAGGUGGUCCUUCCCACCCCGAGCGCUCGUCCCCUCCUGUCCGGACGCCAGGAUGGACUACGUCUCCCAGAAGCCCCUGCGGCGUGGGCGCAAUCAAGGAGGGAGACUUGAAGGUGUGGCUACACCUGCCCGAGGCCACCACUUAGGCGGAGUCCAGCCGAGACCUGGAGCAGCACGUUUCUUUCCUAGCUCUGAGACUCCUGAGGCCACAUCUGCCCUUUGUCCCGACCCCCUGGAGCCCUGCUUUCCUGGAAAUACGAAUGAGCUGCGAGGUCUCGCCCUGAACCCAGUGACCGAGGAGGUCCAAUACAUCGACACAAGGCCAACCCUGUGGGCAGAGGCCGAAUCGCUGCUGGAACCCUGGGCCAACGUGACGCUGACAUGCCAGAGCCCCUUGUGGACCCUGGAGUUCCAGCUCUUCAAGGAUGGACUGGCCCAGGGACUGGUGCACCUGGAUUCACCUGCCACCGAGUACAGAUUUCCGCUGGGAGCAGUGACCGGUGACACCCGGGGCCUCUACCGCUGCCACUACAGCACGGACAGUGGGAGGAGCAGCCUGAGCAACCUCGUGGAGGUGACUGGAGCAGAGCCCCUGCCCCCACCCUUGCUCUCAACCAAACCCGUGCCCUGGAUCACACCGGGCCUGAACACGAGACUUCUGUGCCUCGGGGGACUUCGCGGUGUGACCUUCCUGCUGAGGCGGGAAGGUGAUGACAAGUUUCUGGAGGUGGCUGAGGCCCCAAAGGACAGGCAGGCCACCUUCCCAGUCCACCGGGCUGGCAUCUACAGCUGCAGCUACCGGACCCACGCAUCAGGCGCCCCCUCGGAGCCCAGUGCCACUGUGACCAUAGAGGAGCUGGCCACGCCGCCGCCACCCAAGCUGACUCUGAAUGGCGGGUUUGCCGGGCUCCUACGCCCCGGCUCGAGCGCGACUCUCACCUGCGUGGCGCCCCUGAGCGGGGUGCACUUCCAGCUGCGGCGGGGCGAGGACGUGCUGCAGGUACCCAUGGCCAGUACCAGCCCAGACCGCAUCUUCUUCCAGCUGAACACGCUGGCCCCAGGAGACGGCGGUGUCUACACGUGCCGCUACCGGCUGCCAGAGGAGCUAGCGCUCUGGUCCUUGGACAGCGCGCCCGCCGAGCUGGUGCUGAGCGAUGGGACGCUCCCGGCGCCGGAGCUGUCGGCCGAGCCCGCGACUCUGAGUCCCGAGCCGGGGACGCUGGUGCAGCUGCGGUGCCGGGCCCCCCGCGCCGGCGUGCGCUUCUUCCUGGUGCGCGAGGGCGCGGGGCAGCGCCGGGUGCACGGUCUCUUGAGCCCCGCGGGGACGGAGGCCCACUUUGAGCUGCGCGACGUCUCGGCGGUCGACUCGGCCAACUACAGCUGCGUCUACACAGACACGGCGCCGCCCUUCGCGGGCUCCGCGCCCAGCGCGCCCGUGGAGCUGCGCGUGGACGGACCCCUGCCCAAGCCGCGGCUCCGGGCCCUGUGGACGGGGGCCGUGACUCCGGGCCGCGAUGCUGUCCUACGCUGCGAGGGCCACGUGCCCGACGUCUCCUUCCUGCUGCUACGGUCCGGCGAAGAGGAGCCCUCGGCGGUGGCCUGGACCACCGACCCCUCCGCGGACCUCGUGCUGACCUACGUGGGGCCCCAACACGCCGGCAACUACAGCUGCGGCUACCGCUCCAACUGGGCCCACUCCCUGCUGUCCCAGCUCAGCGACCCGGUGGAGCUCCAGGUGGCAGGUGGAGCUCGGUUCCGUGGGCGCAUCGAGGCUCCCGGCCUUUGCCCGGAUUCUACCCUCCUACAGGGGUGCCCUUUCCCGCACCUCCUCCCAGCACUAACACUGGCCUAGUCUGCUGGGUGCGUGGGGGGGAAUUGCAGGCAGGGAACCACAUAGGCAAAGGCCCUAAAGCAGAGAGUGGCCUGGCCAGCUGGAGCACCUGUAGGGAGGCCCAGGUGUGUGUGUGUGGUGGGGGGGUCUUAGCUGGCAGCUGACCAAGCCACUUCCUUCCUGGGGGGUCUCAGUGAGGUCUGCUCUGACUCACCAGGGAGCCUCCUUUCCCUAGCAUUUCUCUUCUGUCAAAUUUGUCUAGGAAGCUGAUUCGGCUGCAGACCCAGGCUGCUGAUGGUAUCCUUGGGAAGUCCUUUCUCCAGUCUGGCUCUGAUCCCUCUUCCUGCAGCUGGA